UUUCCAGCCUGAGAGAUGAAGGGAGGUUUGAUGGCAGCUCUAUCUGAGAACGUGUUGACAGUCAACAUGUUACUGAGUGUCUUCUUUCUUCCAGGUAUUUAUGCUAAUAGUUGUGGUGGGAAUACACCACACGUCAUCAUUACUACACCAAAGCCAACUGCAGCACUGAGCGGAUCUUGCUUGAACGUCCCAUGUAGCUUCACAGCUGAAAAAGGAAGCACAGAAUUUGACAGUAGUAAAGAAACCGUUGGAGCAUGGAUUAAAGAUGGACAUGAUAUUUAUAACAUCAAUAAUGGGGUUCAUACAAAUUUAGUAGAAAUUACUGGAAACCUGAUUCAGAAAAAUUGCAGCUCUCUGUUUUCUGAUAUAAAAACAAGUCAAGUAGGCAAAUACUUCCUCAGAAUCAAGAAUGGUGGCUACAUGGCAACAGCUUGUUCUGAUCCGCUUCAGAUAACAGUUGAAGAUUCUCCUUGGAGUCCCAGCAUUAACAUCUCUGGUGGGGAUCUGAAGGAGCAUCAGUCUGUCACUAUAACCUGCUCAGCUUUGACUCCCUGUCCACACUCACCUCCUGAACUCACCUGGAAUCUCCAACAAGACUCUCACAGACAAACAGAGAAAAACACAGAUGGAACCUUUACAACUAAAAUCCAGGAGAACAUCACUCUGUCAGACACACAUGAUGGAUACAUCAGAUGUUCUGCCAGAUAUCCUGUGAAUGGAGGAAACAAGACAGCAGAGACAGCAGUGGCUCUCAGUGUUUCAUAUGCUCCUAGAAACACCUCAGCAUCCAUCCGUCCAUCAGGUUUGGUGUCAGCAGGUAGCUGGGUGGAGCUGAACUGCUCCAGCAGAGCCAAGCCUCCUGCCAGCUUCACCUGGUUCAGGAACAGCAAACAUGGAGCCAUUAAUGUAUCUGUGGGUCAGAUUUACAGCUUCAGUGUCACUGAGGGAGGAGAGUUUUACUGUGUGGCUACAAAUGAUCUGGGUAAUGAGACGUCAUCAAGGAUCUGUGUUGGUGUUAAAGAUUCUCCUUGGAGUCCCAGCAUUAACAUCUCUGGUGGUGAUCUGAAGGAGCAUCAGUCUGUCACUAUAACCUGCUCAGCUUUGACUCCCUGUCCACACUCACCUCCUGAACUCACCUGGAAUCUCCAACAAGACUCUCACAGACAAACAGAGAAAAACACAGAUGGAACCUUUACAACUAAAAUCCAGGAGAACAUCACUCUGUCAGACACACAUGAUGGAUACAACAUCAGAUGUUCUGCCAGAUAUCCUGUGAAUGGAGGAAACAAGACAGCAGAGACAGCAGUGACUCUCAGUGUUUCAUAUGCACCUAGAAACACCUCAGCAUCCAUCCGUCCAUCAGGUUUGGUGUCAGCAGGUAGCUGGGUGGAGCUGAACUGCUCCAGCAGAGCCAAGCCUCCUGCCAGCUUCACCUGGUUCAGGAACAACAAACAUGGAGCCAUUAAUGUAUCUGUGGGUCAGAUUUACAGCUUCAGUGUCACUGAGGGAGGAGAGUUUUACUGUGUGGCUACAAAUGAUCUGGGUCAUCAGAGAUCAUCAAGGAUCAUUCUUCAAAUUAAUGAUUCGCUGAAUCAGGGUCUAAUGUGGGUGAUAAUCUCAGCAGGAGUUAUUGCAGCCAUCUGCCUUGUUGCUUGCCUGGUUGUGUCAGUUUGGUGCUUUAGGUCCAAACGUCCAACUGAGCAACAAACUCAGAGUCAAACAAGUGUGGAGGUUUACGAUCAGAUAUCAGACAGUGAACCAAAGGCUGAACUCCAUUAUGGGGAACUGAUCAUCUUGAAGAAGACACCUGAAGUUUCCUUCAUCUCAGUGCAGGACAGGGGACAGCAGGAGACGGUGUACGCACAGAUCCAGGCAGAAAACGUUUCAACACAGACAGCUGACAAUCCAGAGAGUCUCUACGCUGAAGUGAAGAAAGAAUAACUUCUGUUGUGUGAUCAGAUGUUUACGUUUUAUUUCUAUCAUGAGUUACUUUAUGUUUCAGACAGAAAGUUUUGUUCAUGAGUUCAGAUUUUACUAUUUUGUUUAAAUAAAUAAAAGCCAGUCUUUUGUAAUUCUUUUCAAGAACAAGAAUUUCUCUAAUUCUUGUUCUUGAUUUGCAGCUCGUAACCAUCACAAUCACCCAAACUAACCUUUAAAAUGAAAGUAAUACAUGUUAAGAUAUAUUCUUUACAGCCAUGAAGCAUUUACUGAUAUCUUUUGUAUUAUUGAUGACAUAUGUCAUAAGCUUUAAUGUUUUAUCUUAUAUUGAAAUAGUCAAAUAAAAAUUACUAUCAGCCUCA